AUGAAAACACACUCUCUCUCUCUCUCUCUCUCUCUCUCUCUCUCUCUCUCUCUCUCUCUCUCUCUCUCUCGCUCGAUCUUGCUCUUCUUUUUCCUUCUCUGUCUCAUUGGGACUAUAAAAACUAAAGAAGAUUCACUUCUCACAACCACUUCUCUCUAUUCGUGUCUUUCUGGUUUGCGUUUUUUACUCUGUUUUUCUCAUAUUUUUUCAUAUUAUGGUAUUAUCUUCGGACGAAUAAACCAUAAUUCUUUUACAAUAUCUCUCUCUCUCUCUUUCUCUCUCUUCCUACCUCUCCACUUCUCUCUUAUUACUCUCUUUCCCUCUUCUUUUUCUCUCUCUUUUCUCUCAAAGAUAAAUUUUUUGUCUGUUUUCUAUUUAUUCAUUUUCAUUCAAACUAUUUCCUUCCAUUUCGCUUUCUCACUCUCUAUUUGUCUAAUUCUUUCACUCUCUCCUUUCUCUGUAUUUCUUUCUUUUUAUUUUUCUCAUUCUUUCUCUCUCUUCUCUUUUUUCUUUUCAUCAUUUUUUUUCCCACUCGCUUCUUUGUCCUUCUUUCGCUUUUUGCUUUUAUCAUUCUUUCUCUCUCUUAAAACAUCGAUGUCUCCUUUCUUUCUCUCUUUUCUUCUUUUUCUUUCCUUUUCUCUCAGUUGGAUAUCUCUUUUCUUUCCCCUUCCUUUCUCUCUUUUCUUCUUUUUCUUUCCUAUCUUCUUCCCGGUUUUCUUUUUGAUUUCUUUCAACUGCUGCAUGCUGUUUGUCAUUGCAUUUUAG